UAAUAAUAAUGUGUGUGUUCUCUACAGCUGGGCUCGGUGCAGGAAGCCUCUCUCUCCUAUCAGGCGGCUCUGCAGAAGUUCCCGAGUGACGACGUGAAGACGUUCCAGCAGCUCCGAGUGUGUGUCCUGCUCAACCUGUCGCGCUGCCACCGCAAGAUGAACGACUUCGGGCUGGCGGAGGAGUUUGCCACCAGAGCUCUGGAGCUGAAGGCUAAAUCCUACGAAGCGUUUUACGCCCGAGCGCGAGCCAAACGAGGACGCAGACUGUACCAUGCCGCUCUGGAGGAUCUGAUCGAGGCCAGCUGCCUCUGCCCGUCCAACCGGGAGAUCCAGCGCCUCCUGACCCGGGUCAAAGAGGAGUGUCGUCAGGCGGCCCAACAACAAGACCCUCACCCGUCCCAUGGAGUCUAUCAACAACAAGACCCCCAACUUCCCCGGUCCCAUGGAGUCUAUCAACAACAAGACCCCCAACUUCCCCCGUCCCAUGGAGUCUAUCAACAACAAGACCCCCAACUCUCCCCGUCCCAUGGAGUGUAUCAACUACAAGACCCCCAACUUCCCCCGUCCCAUGGAGUCUAUCAACUACAAGACCCCCAACUUCCCCCAUCACAUGGGGUCUAUCAACACCAACAAGACCCCCAACUCUCCCCGUCCCAUGGAGUGUAUCAACUACAAGACCCCCAACUUCCCCCGUCCCAUGGAGUCUAUCAACAACAAGACCCACAACUUCACCCGUCACAUGGGGUCUAUCAACAACAACAAGACCCCCAACCUCACCCGUCCCAUGGAGUCUAUCAACAACAAGACCCACAACUUCACCCGUCACAUGGGGUCUAUCAACAACAAGACCCCCAACUUCCACUAUCACAUGGAGUCUAUCAACAACAAGACCCCCAACUUCCACUAUCACAUGGAGUCUAUCAACAAAACGUGGCUAGAGACUCAGAGUUUCUGCAGGAUCCGGACAGGAAGUGGGGAUCUGAGGAAGAGGAGGAGGAAGAAGGGAGUCACAACCACCCUUUAACUGUGGUUCAAAGCCUGGACCCCCACUGUCGGCCUGGGGGUCCAUCACCCUCAUCCCUGUCUCCCACUCACCUGUACCGGCACCGCCCCAGUCCCACCCACCAGUUCAGUCCGCCUUCCUCCCUGAUGCAAGAAAGUACGCUUUCAUUCUCAGGAAUUGGUCUGACACAGCAUCCACAGUCGGCUCCUAACCCCUCAGAGCAGAUCCAGGGACACCACCAGUCCAACCAGAGGUCCUUUCAGCAUCAGAACCCUGCUCAGAACCAGUGGCUCCAGCCCACCAAGGCCCAAGUGAUCAGAACCAGUCAGCCCACUUCCUCUGCAAACUCCGGAAUGGUUCUGGGAGGUUCUGUUUACUCGCAGUUCGGCCAGCUGCCACAGGAACUGGCAGAGCUCGGGGAAGGGAUUUACCCCCUCGAUAUGGUCCAGACUGGUUUAAGUUCGGGAGCCUAUGGGAGGGAUGGGGGAGGCGAGAGGUCGGCGGGGGUGAACAGGUUCGUCACGGCACAUCAGUUCAGUCGCAACCAAUCCAAAGCUGCGUACUACCCCAUGGAGGUUACCGAGUUACCGCCUGAAAACCUCCCACCGUCGCAUGAUUACCAGUACCAACAUCAGGGGGUGGUACGACGCCCCCUCAGCUCCCACCCUAACUCCUCCCCCGCUCCUCCCCCCCGGGCACUGGUUCACUCCCAGAGCUCCAGCGUCCGGUUCUCCAGUGGCAGCAUCCCUAACCCCGGCUUCAGGACCUCGGCCUCCGCCCAGCACAUGGACAUCCCUUUGGAUCUAAACACCGCCGGGGGGUAUCACGAUGACCUCUUCCUGAUCUCCUCCCCCCAGUCUGAAGUUUGCAUGGUGGGAGGCGGGACUUACCCUGGAGAGGCGGGGCGGUCGUCAAGGAACACUCCUUUUAUGGGCGUAGUGGACAGGACAGCGAGGGUCCAACAGCAGUUUCCGCAACAAACAACAUCUGGUUCUGCUUCCUGCCUCAGCCCGUCCAGAUCCUGGGCCGUGUCUUCGGUGGACACCGUCGUCACGUCGCCGAGCAAAACCCAGAACAACCAGGGAGGCUUCGGUCCAUCCUCCAUCGCCUUCCACAACCGCAGCAACAACAACGCCCACAACGACAACCAGCGAGACCACUAUCCUCAGGGCGAGGGGUCGGGGAAGGUGGCCAGUCAGAACCCGUCGUACCGGGAUGUGAAAGUUGCUCGGACGCUGCCGGUGAUCCACAGCGGCUCAGAGAAACCGAGGGACAGAAAGACAGGCCCGACGUCUCCGGUCAAACCAAAAAGACCUUUUGUGGAGUCCAACGUUUAGAGAAGGGUUUACGCAUUAGGUCAGAGAAAAGGGAAGAGGGUCAAGCACUCAAGAUAUUCUGAUGUUCCCAUCGGCUGUGGAAGUAUUUAGUCUGGGAUAAGCUGGAAAUGAACUAGAUUGUACCACAUGUAGAGGGGCAAGGCGCAAUAAAUGUGAAAUGAGGGUAACAACACACACUUGAAGGAUUUGCUGGUGUAUGGUUGCUCUCAUACACAAAAGGGAUUGAAGGUGAAUAAAGAGAGCUGGAGAGAGUUAUUAAAGCACUUCUUUACAAACGUAGUGACUUCUUUAUUGUGUAAAAGACGUAGGGGAAAACAGAAGUUCAUCAAAUGUGUUUCAUCCAGAACAUGUUGCCUGUCAAUGAACAAGCCAGAGACAAAGACACAUGAGGGAUUACACAUCAGCUCCUGCCGUUACCAAGCACAAAAGAGAAGAGUAGCUUGGGAGGAUUCAGAAACACAAAAGAGGCAUCAGGUAGCACUUAAAGAAAGUUCUUUGUCGUUUCACUCUGAAGUCUCUGGAUGCCAUGUUCACAAACUCUACACUGAGAUGUAUUCAGAGGGACUGGAAACCACCAUCAGCACCAGUGUCUGCUGUUUAAUGAAGAUUUCCAUUUUAAAUCUGAAGCUCCUGCAUGACUGGAAACCUGGAUCCAGGCUCUGAUCCGGUCCUUGAAGACCCGGUUAUUGAAGAAGCACUGGCAGACCGUAUAUAAAAACUAAAAUAAGUGAUAUUUAUCUUUUUUAAGUUAUAUGUGUAUAAAUAUUGUUUCUCUUAAAACUGUACAAAACCUUUGGAUUUUCCUUUUCGCAUCAAUCCACAAUGAACAUCUAUUAGAAACACGCUUUAAGGUUAUCAGACCUUUUGCUUCAGGUAGACUUAUGUUUGUUUUUCGCUACAAAGGCCUUUUUCAUAUUAUUUAGUCCUGAAAUUCCUAAGUUAUGCAAACCACAUGGAUCCCAUCUGAUACAGCAGGACCUUUUGCAUUCACUGCCAUGGAAACAUAGUGCUAACAUGGCUAGCUGGUGAUUGGCUCAAAUCGAAUCAAACUGAGCCCCAAAACAGUGAUUGUCCGAUCGUAACUCAGCAACCAUCAGUGGUGCUAAAGCUGGAGUAGAAUCAAUACGUGACAUUUAAAGACGUUUGUGCAGUGUGUGACUUUCAACGGUGUAGCUAGCAUCUUUAUCGUGAUUGUUCACGAUCAGGGCGAGUCCAUCCCCAUAAUAAACAUGUUUACAGCCUGAUCAAAAAACCCUGUUUCGGUCUAGAUUAAGCAAACUGAGCGGUUCAUGACAUCUUCAUGAGGGAUGGACUUUAAACCUGUUGAAAUUAUAUUAGGGAUUAAAGUAAUGCAUAACUAACGGUGUGGCUUUCAGUUACAGUUCUGUCACAGGUUGCUAGCCGUUAGCUGUUAGCCACUGAUUCAACUUUAUUUAAGGGAAAAUACCUUGUUUUCGAGGGGGUCCAACGACGAAACAUUCAAUGCAAGAAACAUGAAUACAGACAACAUACAUGCACAUCUCGUUAGCCAACCCACUCCCACAAUACUCCCCUAAAUCCACCCUACCCGUAGCCUGGAGUAAAAUGCUAGCGCUAACUAGCUGUCUGCACCACAAGGCGUUUUAUUAGCAUUUUUGGGGGGUUAAAACUAAACCAAAUGUUUGCCUUGUUUUUAACUCUAUAUGUAGCCAUCAAGUGCAUAUUUAAAAUCUAUUUUACACGUUUCUUGUUUGUUAGUAUCAUUAUAAAGGCCAUGGAGUUUUCUGCUGAUUAAUUGAGCUAAUGUUAGCUUCAUUAGCUCGCUUCAGGUUGUAGUUCUGAUUUCAGAUGGCUAAAAGCAACAGUGGUGUGAUAGAAAUAAGACACAUGCUUUUACCUACCUCUGUUUGAAAUCAAGGAUACAUCGUUUAAAGAAAUCAAGUGGUUAAUUUCAUCAACUUAAACUGAAGAUGUGAGAAUAGAGAGAUCGAUAACCACAGAUGCUAACAUAGCUCACAGUUCAGAGAGUUGGUUUUGCAGUUUUAUUUUAUGCACAUUAAUGCCUGUUUUAUGUACAUUUCUGUUGAUGUUUCUAAUGAAUCAGCAGCUUGGUUUGAGAGCUGCUGAUGAACCGCUGACAGUCACUGCCGUUAUUUCUUACUGCUCAGGAGUUUCCAUCUGUGACAAGGUGUGCCAACGCUAAAAUGCUCGAGCCGUUUUCAUAGUCGCUCUGUUGGGUCUGAUUCCGGUCAAUGAAACACAUGAAGCACAUUACAAGUGAAUCGGUUUAAGACUAGUUUAAAGUUGUAUGUGAUUAGGUGAAGGAAGCCAGUCAGUGUGGGACGACAGCUGUCAAUAAAGCAAAGUGUUGUGCUGUUCAUGUAGGAUGUGUAACGCCACAGGUCAUACAGAGUUACCGUGUGUCAGAUACUUUCAUAUUUAAAAACACAGGAAAACCAAAAGGACGUUAUUAUUAAAAAAUGUAAAACAACAUGAGUGUGUCAGCACUUGUGAACGUUACAAAGAGGAAUAAAACUGAAUGAAAGACGUUGUGUAAAUCUAUCUUUCCCCCUUCUGUACAACAGUGGAAGAAGUAUUUUGACCAAGACUGAAUACUUAAAAGUGUAUUUUUAUUUUGGGCUGUUGGAGAACAUUGCACAUGUGGGCCACCGUACAUUUCUGAUGAAACCCCCCGGUGUCUAAAAAAUGAAUGAUGAAGCUUUAUCAUGUCGUGUUACAUCAGAAGAAGUCAGUUAAAAUGAAUUGGACCAAAACAACUCAGCCGUUGAACACAUCUGUAUUUAUUCCACGUUGUCCCGAUGAGAUAAAGACUUCCAUAGCAAAGUUGGCACGAGUACAUAAGACAACAUAAAACAAUCCUUUUCAGAGGCAGCUUUUAAUUAGGCACUGGUGCGGAGACCUGAAGUCAAAACACGACAUAUACAUGUUAAAUAUAUAUAUUAGUUACACACAUUCAACAACAUUCAUUUAACAUACUCUGUUAAUAAGGCAUCAAGUAACCAAACUCACACUGGACGGACAUCGUUAACAGGACAGUACAUUUAAAUACAGGCAGAUAAUAUUCUCCGGUCAUGUGGACGAACUGGACCGACUGGGCAGAUAAAGAUCUUGCAGGACAUCCAAUAAAAGUACAAAUAAAGUAGCGUGAUUACUGAGAGCAUUAUCCUUAAACUCUGAUUCAACUCGGAUGAUCGAUUCAAUAAGUUCAGUGAUUUAUCCAAACAGUGAAAUAAAGGAUGGCAGAAGAGAGUAGUUCCAAAUGUGAGAGUAAUCGUUGGCAUAAAUCUGACUUUUAAUUUCUCACAGAUACCGAUCUGAGUACGAUACUUAUAUGUAGACACUUUGAUUCAACGGGAAAUAAAUGUUGGUGCCAAGGAUGUUCAAUAUAUAAAUAAAAUAUCUGUUCUCUUAAUGGCAGACAAAUAUUCAAUAUUGAUGAUUUACGGACGUUUCCAGCACACUGAACCUGCCAGAGGACUGAAUUCAGCACACCUGACGGCCUGAAUGCUCACUGCUUCAUUUUGACUAAUGACAAACUCUCACUACUGAUAAUGAGCGCGCCUGGUAAGCAUGAGACUGUUUAGUGUUUCAAUUGUCAGGUUUUAAGGUACAUUCACGUGUUGGGAAG